AUGGGGACUGCGAGGCCAUGCUGUCCCCUAUCCCCUGCCUGUCCCCUGUCCCCUGGGUGUCCCUCAUCCCCUACCUGUCCCCUGGGUGUCCCCUGGGUGUCCCUCAUCCCCUGUCUGUCCCCUGGGUGUCCCCUGACUGUCCCCUCCCCGCAGGUGACCGACGGGGACGGCGAGGCCGUGCUGGCCAUGGACGCUCUGCGGCAGCGCUUCCCCAACCCACAGGAGCUGGUGGGACAUUCCCUCUACGUGUCCGUCACCGUCCUCACCGAGUCAGGCAGUGACAUGGUGGAGGCCCAGCGCAGUGGCAUCCCCAUCGUGACGUCGCCCUACACCAUCCACUUCACCCACACCCCCAAGUACUUCAAACCGGGCAUACCCUUUGACGUCCAGGUAAGGACACCUGGGGACAGCGGGGACACUGGGGACAGUGCUGGCAUUGGGGACAGCAGGGUCACUUGCCACCCCGGUGGCCACCACCAACCCCGCGUUCCUUGCCCGCCCCAGAUCAUGAGCAAGGGGCGCAUCGUCCGCGCCGGGCGGCAGCGCCACGAGGCCGGGCAGAGCCUGGUCACCAUGACCCUGCCGGUGACCCCCGAGCUCGUCCCCUCCUUCCGCAUCGUGGCCUAUUACCACGUCCUGCCCGGAGAGAUCGUGGCCGACUCCGUCUGGGUGGACGUCCAGGACACCUGCAUGGGCACCGUGCAGUGUCCCAAGGAGGCCUCGCGCAGGCGUCGCUCGCUGCCGCUCGUGCAGUACAAAGGCACCAAAGCAUCCGAGUACCAGGACAAGGCGCUGCGGAAGUGCUGCGAGGACGGGAUGCGGGAGAUCCCGAUGGAUCACAGCUGCGAGCAGAGGAGCUCCUACAUCCAGGAGGGCGAGUCCUGCGUCCACGCCUUCCUCGACUGCUGCAAGUACAUCCAGGGCAUCCGCCAGGAGAAGCGACGCCAGAGCAAGAUCCAGCUGGCACGAAGGGUGGCCAUGAGGCCACGGACGAGAGGGAUGCCCCCACCCCCAGGCGAGGAGGACGAGGUGUUCCUGAGCGACGAGGCCAUCACCUCGAGGAGCCUCUUCCCGGAGAGUUGGCUGUGGCAGGUGGAGCAGCUGACGGAGGCCCCCAACGAGCUGGGGUGGUGGGAGGGGAGGGGACCCCCCCAGUCUGAUGAGCCCCCUGGCCGUGGCACAGGGAACCCCGUGUCCAUCCUGGUGGAGAAGGCCAUCGACGGGGACAAGCUGAAGCACCUGAUCACGGUGCCCUCGGGCUGCGGGGAGCAGAACAUGAUCGCCCUGACCCCCACCGUCAUCGCCACCCACUACCUGGACAGCACCGAGCAGUGGGAGAGCUUCGGGCUGGACCGCAGGGCCAACGCCAUCGAGCUCAUCAGGAAGGGUUACGUCCAACAAUUGGCCUUCAAGAAACCCGACAAUUCCUACGCCGCCUUCAUCGGCCGCCCCUCCAGACAUCAGAGAACAGGGAGGGGACAGGGACAGGUCCUGCUGGGCCCCCCACGAUGCCGAGGUGUGUCCCAUACCCUGUGUCCCAUAUCCCGUGUCCCAUGUCCCGCCCCACAGGGGGGUUACAAGGGGGCCGAGCCCGAGGUGUCCCUCACCGCCUUCGUCCUCGUGGCACUGGAGGAGGCCCGGGAGGCCUGCAAGGAGCACGUGAACAACCUGGACUGGAGCAUCAACAAGGCCGCCGAGUUCCUGGGCCGGCGCUACGAGCAGCUGGCCCGGCCCUACACAGUGGCCCUGAGCUCCUACGCGCUGGCCCUGGCCGGCAAGCUCAAGAGCGAGAAGGUCCUCAUGAAGUUCUCCAAAGGUGGGCAGAGCUGGGAGGAGCGGAACGCCCGGACCUACAACAUCGAGGGCACGUCCUACGCGCUGCUGGCCCUGCUGCACAUGAAGAAGCCGGAGCUGGCGGGGCCUGUGGUGCGCUGGCUCGCCCAGCAGAACUACUUCGGGGGCGGCUACGGCUCCACCCAGGUGGGCUACGGACCCCCCCGGCACCCGGGGGUGGUUCUGGGGACCCUGGUGAAGCUCUGGGCCAACCCCGUCAAAUACCGCAUCGAGAACCGCAACGCGCUGGUGGCACGGUCUGCUGAGACCAAGGUGAACGAGGACUUCACGGUGAAGGCCGAGGGGGUUGGCAAGGGGACAAUGACAGUCGUGACCGUCUACAACGCCAAGGUCCCCGACAAGGACGACAAGUGCGACAACUUCGACCUGCGCGUGCAGGUGGAGGAGGUGGCGACAGGCAAAGAGGAGGAGGACGUCAUCAGGUCCAUCAAGAUCACCGUCUGUGCCAGGUUGGGGACCCUGGGGACAGCGGGGGGGCCGGGGACGUCGGGGACAUCGGGGCCAGGGAAGGGGGUGGCAGGGGAGAGGCGUCGGGGAGAAGGGACAUCGGGGACACUGGGGACACUGAGGACAGGGAGGGGGAUGGGAGAGGAAUGGAGACACUGA